AAUUAUUCCACUUCUAGUCGUGAAGCGGACGGCAUUGCCUGGCGAACACCAAACCAGUCUUCUCCCGCGAGUCGGAGAUGAAAUAACACACAAAUUCAUCGUGAAGCUUCAAGCGAGAGAUGAACACUCCUUUAUAAUUAAGGAAGGAAUUUUCGAGUUUUCAGCGCAAAAUGAGCCUUUUGAUCAGGGGCAUUUGCGCCCUCGCUUGCGUCUCGCAGAACAUUAGACCAGCUUUCCAGCAGCAGCAACCCUCUUUUCCGAAAAUCUCUGAUAGGCAGUAUACAACGCAACCGCGAUCGCCGUGUCCCGAGUACUUCACGUACCAGUCGGACAACUAUGGAUCAGGAAAAAAAGGCGUCCUCUCGAUUCAACCACCUAGCGACAGCACUGUUAUCACCGUAUUGCUCGAACUAGUUUUGAACACCCGACUUAACGAGAAUGAUUUCACCGGAAGUCUUGAUUUGGCCGAGAACAAAGAUUUGGUCGUCCAGAGAUUACAGCAGGGCGAUCGCAGUCCCAUAAUUUAUCGCGUGACAUUCCCUUUGCAAAACCCACUGCCUUCCAUUACCAAAAUUGUGGUCAACAAUCGCGUAGUCUGCAGCGCCAAUCCAGGAAACGUGUAUGGAUAUGUCACUAAUUUGAGGUUGGACCACUCACUGACGUCGCCCGUGCCAAUAAUUUUCAACUCGAACAGCUAUCCUGUCCAAGGAGGCCAAAAUAACCCUCAACCACAAAGACCUCUGCAGCAACAAGGCUCUCAGAAUCCACUCCAAACCAAUUUUGGCAACCCGCAACCAACCCCCACAAGACCACCAACAAGACCGACCUGGAUCACCCCCAUACCAGCUACAGCUGCAACACAACCCCCGCAACCCCAAUUUCAAAUUGAAACUGAAAAUACAGGUUCAAGCAAAUACCAAGAGUGCGGUGUGUCGCCCCAAGUUUCGUUUUUGUUGGUGAACGGCGACAGUGUGGCCAAAGGUUCUUGGCCCUGGCUCAGCGCGAUUUACGACACCACGGACACGGGACUGUCGUUUAUUUGUGGGGGCACGCUCGUAACAAAUAGACAUGUAAUUACUGCUGCGCACUGUGUGGCCGUAUCGCAGGGAAAGGCAACUCUCAAAAGGCCUGAACGAGUUUUGGUUUAUCUAGGGAAGCACAACAUCGUCAAUUUUAUUGAACGCGACGCGGUUCCGAAAGAGAUUUCAAGCAUUGUAGCCCAUCCGCAAUACACAGGCAAAUUGGAUUCUGCAGGUGUUGAUCUUGCGGUUCUCACAUUCGAAACUGUCACCACAUUUACUGCUUACAUUAGACCAGCAUGCCUGAUGGACCCGAACAGACAGUAUUCGAACACAGGAAAUGUCGUGGGAUGGGGUCGAGACGAGUACGGAAACCCAGUUUCUAAAAUGCCGCGAGUCGCUUCCAUGCCCAUUGUAACCAACGAGGAGUGCCUCAGGGCAAAUCCCGACUUCAUCCGCAUUACUUCCGAGACGACCUUUUGCGCCGGCCACAGAAAUGGCACCGGUCCAUGCAAAGGCGACAGUGGCGGGGGAUUGUACGUUUGGGAUGCCAGCUCGAGAAAGUGGUCCAUCCGCGGCGUGGUCAGCCAGUCAUUGUGGGACAACAACAUUAACUCUUGUGACCUCAAAAACUAUGUAACCUUCACAGAUGUCAGCAAACUCAUGCCCUGGGUCAAGCAAAUGACUCGACAAUAAAAUGUCCUGAUUUUGUAUUUUGUGCAAUUUUGGAUAUUUUUGCUUUUUUAUAAUAAAUGCAUUGGCGAUUUUAUAUAAAC